AUGCUUAUUUGCUUCACAACCUCUAGCAAUGAUUCAUCAACAAGAGGAGAUGAAAUGGACGAAAGUAAUGAUGAGGAGUACAGAAUACUUAUUCCAAUGAUUGGAUAUGCUUCAGGAAACAUCUUGUUGGUAGGAGAAACAAGAGUUUCAGAUUCACAACUAAACGAUUUUGAGACCAAUAUCGACUUUUCGUCAUACAUUGGUCCUUGUAUUAAGUGUAAUCCUAAAGGGAAUGCCUUCUUCCUCACAAACAGAUUUGCAAUAUCGUGUAAAAGCCUCUUUGAUGAUAAAAAGGGUUGGUCCUGGAGAUACUCUCCUCUUCUCUUGCUGAAUGGAACCAUUCCCAAGACUGGGAGUGUCAGCUUUUAUAAUGAUAAGCUUUCUGUAGAUGAGCUAUUGCAUUGUGGUGAAGACUUGAUUCUCCUUGAAACUCCUUUCUUUCAUCACAAGAGUGUUGUCGUUCCUCAAGUUCCUCCUCAAAUAUUUGGGGCACACCAAUGGAAAUAUAACUGUGCUGUAAUAUCAAAGGUUUCCAAUGAAGAUGAAUCGCUUAAUUAUACAGCAUUGAAUUAUAAGAAUCAAUUAAUUAAGGACUUUAGGGGACCUAAUCAUGAGGUGAACGAUGACAUAAAAUAUGAGAUUAUUGAUGAGUUGGAACACCAAUUGAACAAAGCCUACUCUAAUCAUGGAGAUGUUUUGGUAUCCUUUGGAGCUACAUGUACCGAGUGGAAAGAGCAAUACACAGAAAGACAAGAAUAUUUAUGCUCAACAGCUCCAUGUUGCAAAGGAUCAGUUGUUAGAUUCUUCUCCAACAGUGAAUAUGUAGAUUUUGAGAAGGAAACACGUGUUACACAAGUUCAUUCACAAGAUAAUGUAUCCUAUGUCCAUGGUAUUCAUGUUGGAUUGUCUCAAAAUGCUAACAGUAACACUUGCAUUUUGACAUCAUCACAAAAAUUCAUAUAUUUAUACUGCAUUGCAAUACUAAAAGAGAAUACCUAUUUUAAAGAGGAUGGGCUAUUACCAUUUCCAACCAUCCAACAUGCUGAGCUAGCUUUAAUAUUUCUAGAGCAAGUAUUGCGUAUUGAUUCAAUCAAGCACAAGGUACAGAAUAAGCUAGUACAAUUGGUUGGUCUAACCGUUCAGAUAAUUAGAAUUUGGUUAUCCAAAUAUCCUGUAUCUGAUGCACCAACUUUCUAA